AUGAAGCGAGGAAGAUCAUCGUCGCGAAAGGAGAAGGAAGUGAGCUCCGACUCGUCCUCCAGUGAGGAAGAGGUUGCGGUCAAGAAAAAGAAGACGCCCGCCACGAAGAAGAAGGCCAAGACUGCGGCAAGUCCGGCCAAGAAGAAGGCCAAGACCUCUAGCUCCGAUACGGAGGGCAAGAAGCCGAAGAAGCAGAAGACGAAGAAAGACACUGCGAGCCCGGCCAAGAAGAAAACCACCGCCGCCGCCAAGAAGAAGGCAACGCCCACCAAGCGGAAGACCAAGAAGCAGAAGGAGGCCGAGGCAGCUGCAGCGGCUGCAGGGCCGGUGGAAGAGUGGAAGGAGCUGCCGUGGACCUACGAGUCCUUCCUCCCCGCCAGCCGUCUGCAGGCCCACUGCCAGGCCGUCGACAAGAAGAAAGAGGGCUAUGUGUCGCUGCACCAGUUCAAGCGUAUCUUGUCGGCCACCCUGCCCAUGGCCGAGUUCAGCGGCAAGAAGGAGCUGGAUCGCAUUACCGCCGCGGCGGAGUCGUUAGUGCGAAAGGGCUUCGUGCCCUACACGUUACUCAGGGGCUCGGCGCCGGCGUCAACCGCAGCGGUCCUGAUGGCCGACGAUCCGGUGGAGAUCUUCAAGCGCGGUCUGAAGACGAACCCCAAGAGCGUCACGCCCGAGCAGAUCGACGCGAUCAAGGAGGACGAACGGCAGCUCGACAAGCUCAAGCAUCAGCACCUGCUUCACUCGCUUGCCAAGAAGGAGAAGCACAGCGAGUUCUCUGUCGCCGCUGCCGCCAUCCUCCUCGCCAUGGGCGUUGAGGUCGACAACAGCUCGGUCGCCUCGCCCUCCGCCAGCUGGCUCACCCGUUUUCUUCUUCACCACACUGGCGGCGCGUCACUACCGCUUCCCAGACUUUCAAACGGAGCGACGCCGUUCAUCGUGGCCUGCAAGCAGCGUAAUCUGCAGGCCGCUCGCUUCCUGCUGGACAACGGAGCCGACAUCAACGCCGCAGACUUGGAGAAGAUGACCGGUGCACUGCCUUUCAUCGGCUUCGGGCGCACUGUUCCCCCCCCCGGUGCCAGUGUCUCGUUGCUGACGUCAGCGUCCAAUGCAGGUCUCUACUGGGCCUGCGUCCACGGCGACCUGGAGCUCGUCAAGCUGCUGCUCGAGCACCGCGGUAAGAGCGAUGGCUCGGCCGCCGACGCUGCUGACGAUCAGCCCAUCGUCGAUGUCAAUACCACCACCGAGGCUUGCAGCCACCUCUCGGCGCAGCAGGUGCAGAGCAUGAAGAAGGAAUACGCUAAGAAGCGGGAGAAUCAAAUGGAAUCCGAGGGCGAGCAGGUCGCCGACAAUUUCGAAUACCUGGUGACGGACAGAGAGACCAUCGUGUCUCUGUUGCUGCCGCACGUUCGGGACAUCAACCAAACCACACCCGGGGGCGAGUCGGCCAUGAUGAUGGCUGUGGCGAGGGCGAAUCCGUACGUGAUCCAGCGUAUCCUGCAGACGUUCGCCGGUACAAUCAAGCUCGACGGUGUCAGCGAGAGCAAGCAGACAUUGCUGCACGCCGCCGUCGGACUCAACGUCUUCGCCUACGAGGUCACCAAGUUGCUGGCCAACGCGAAGGGCACCAAAGUGAACGCCUUCGAUGGCGGCGGCAAGACGCCGCUCUUCCGGGCCUGCGAGUCCAACAACACCGACGCCGCACUCGCCCUGCUUCAGGCGGGAGCCAAUCCCUCGCUGGGCAGCGGCAAGCAGCUGCCGCUCCACCUCUCCGCCCAGUACCACAACGCCUAUGUGGCGCACCACCUCCUCGAAGCCGGGGCCGACGUCAACGCCACGGACGAAGACGGCAGGAACGUGCUGCACCUGAUCUUCGAGGGCCAGCUGUCCCGCAUGCGUCAUAUGUCGGAGCACUCGGAAGACGCGGUGCCGGUGCACCUGCGCUCAUCGCUCAAGAACUGCCUGCGGCUCUUCGGCGCGCGCGGCGCCAACGUCGAGCAGCGGGACGUGAUCGGCAAUUUGCCGCUCGCCUAUGCGCUCGUGUUCAACCACUUCACGCUGGUGCCCGCGGUCCUGGACAUGAGCACGCCCAAGAACCUCGACCUGCUGGCCCCGGUGUGCUACACGCACGUGAUGCCGGUCAAGCCCGAGUGCCAGGAGAGCGACUACGACGAGUACGUGCACGCGAAGGAGGAGCAGCGCGAGCCCGCGGUGGGCAUGAGCGCCGAGGACAAGGCCAAGCUCGGCCAGGUGACCCGGUGGCUGGCGGCGAUGCGGGAGUACCGCAGACGCGAGCGCAGCCUCUCCUCGUUCCGGCAAUACGCCGGCGAGUCCGCGCUCCACUUCUUCGUCAAGCAGGGCAAGCUUGAGCUGGUGCGGGAGGUCAUCGGUCGCUUGGGCGACCCUCGCGAAAUCAACACGCCCACCUCCAUUUCUGGCGACACGGCGCUCCUGCUGGCCUGCCGUCGACAGGACACGCGCAUGAUGGAGCUGUUGCUCAAGAAUGGCGCGGACGUCAACAUCGCCAACGCGCAGAACCAGAGCCCGCUGCAUGCCGUGCUCCAGAGCAGCCACGGUGACCCGAUCGCGAGCGUCUCGCUGCUUUGCGAUGUGGAGGGCGUACUGAUUGACAACCCCGACGCCUCUGGUUGGACCCCUCUCGCUCUCGCCGCCCAGCAGGGAGCCGUCAUGAGUUCGCUCUGCCUGCUCAACCACGGCGCCAACAUCGACGCCGCCGACAAGCUCGGCAACACUCCGUUGGUCCAGGCCCUGGUGGCGUCUCACGUCACCUACGGCGCGCUGCUUAUGCAGAAGGGGGCGAGCCUCAACACCAAGGUCACCACGGCCGUCACCAAGCACAAGUGGAUUCCCUCGAAGCGAAUGAUGCAGGCCAUCCAGAAGCACGAGUCGUCCACCCUGUUCGACUUUGCCGCCUUGCGCAACUACGAGGGACUGUGCUUCUUGAUGCUCGACAUUGGCAUGGAGGGUUCGCAGCUGUUUGCCGCCUUCCAACACCUGCUGCAGACGGGCAAGUACACGCUCGCCCAGGUGCUCAUCAAGAAGUACUCCGCCAGCGAGGAGAGACGAGCUGAGCUCAGGAACCUCGAUGUGAACGCACUUGUCGGAGUGAUAAGCGGCCUCCGGGUGUCCAACGACGACGAGCGCUACCGCGAGUGGUGGCAGGAGCUGAUCGAUCGCCUGCUCGAGCUGCGGCCGGCCGACGCCGCCGCGGGUGGCCUCGUGCCCGACCCCAGCAGCAACGCCAAGCUCCCCACCCUGCUCGCCGCUGAGGCCAACCACCCGCAAGUGCUCCGGUACCUCACCCAGCAGGGCCUCGACUUCACCGUGUCCGGCAAAGACGGCGAGACGCUCCUGCACAUCGCGGCGAGGAAGAACUUGCCGCAGGUGAUUACUGCGGUGAUCGGCGAGACGACGGCGGCGGCUGCGAUAGAGGCGUCGGCGAUGGAGGUUGAGGCGGAGGAGGACGAGGAAGCAGAGCGACGGAAGAAGGAGGCGGAGCUGAAUGGCCGGAACCGGAAGCGGCUGGCGGCGAUCAUCAACGCGCGCAACAGCGGGCAGCAGACCGCGCUCAUUCGGGCCACGCACACCCACUCGUUCGCGUCGUACAGGAACGACAGGCUCCUGAGCGCGCUCCUCAAAAUCCAGGGCAUCGACGUCGACGCCCAGGACGCCAAGGGCAACACCGCGUUGUUCUACGCCGUGAAGACGUCGGCCGACACAUGCGUCGGGGUAUUGCUGGCACAUGGCGCCUCGCCCAACAUUGCGCCCGACCCAACCCUGCUGGGCCACAUGCAAAUAUAUUGGAGCCUCACAAUGAAGUUGUGCGUCGGCGCCACA